AGCUGACACCCUGAUCAGCACAACACAUACAACACAAUCAGAUUUUAGUGACAUUGUGAGUUACUGUGCGGAUUAAUUAAAGUAUGGGGCGAGAGACCAACCUUCAUUUCACCCUCUUCCUCCGCCUCCUCCUCCUCCUCGGCCUGUGCUGGGGUCAGAGGUCGAACCCAGACCCUGAGAGGCCAUCCUGCCACAGCUGUGACCUGCGGCUCUCCUGUAACUGCUCCCAUGACGGAUUCACCCGUGUUCCCAUGGUAACGGACCGUGCUCUUACUCUGGAUCUCUCCUUCAACAACAUCACCGUGGUGAACGAUGACGACCUGACCGGCCACAUGCAACUGAGGGCUCUGAGUCUCCAUGGUAAUAGACUAGCUGUGAUACAACCGUCAGCGCUUGACUCUCUGUGGAACUUGGAGGAACUAGAUCUGUCUGACAAUCAUCUGACUGCUCUCAACCCCACAUGGUUCAGCAAGCUAGGAGCUCUGCAACAGCUCAACCUGCUCAACAACCCAUACAGCUGCAUAGGUUCUGCUCCAGUGUUUCAGGGGCUAGUCAGGCUGAGGAGGCUGGCGUUCGGAGGUCCGGCUCUGGAGGAGCUAAAGAGGGGAGCCCUGGCUGGAGUCAGUCAGCUGGAGGAGCUCACCGUGCAUGGCAACAACCUGUUGAGGUAUGAGCCUGGUGCUCUGGCGUAUGUUUGGCCCUUGGGUCAUGUCACUUUGAGACUCCAUGGACCUUUUUUUACAAACAUAACUUUAACGUCGGCUGUGCUUGCUGACGUGUCGUAUCCUGAGACGCCGAUCAUUCUGGAAGACCUUCAUAUGAUUGAGAAUCGGUCUGUUCAGCCCCUCAGAGAAACAGCCAGGCGGAGGGUCAGGCACAUAACCUUUCGUAACCUUUCCAUCUCUGAUGAGGCCAUUGUCAACCUCCUGGAGGUUUUCAAUGGUGUGCCACUCACCUCCUUAUCAGCUGAUGGCGUCACGCUGACGGGCGAGGGCAGGUGGGAGAAAGCCAGCUGGACCGAUCAAAAAAGCAUCGAUGAGUUCUUCGUACGAAACGUCGUGGUGCUGGAUGUUUAUAAGUUUGUCUCGUUUCUCGAGCUGGGGUUCCUGCUGCAGUACCCCAGGAGGGUGUCCGUCAUAAACGCCGGGGUGUUUGUGAUGCCUUGUAUCACGUCCGGCCUUCUGGUGAACCUUCAGUACCUGGACAUGUCUGACAACCUGCUGACCGACAUGACUCUGAUCGAGACACUGUGCAAAGGAAACGGCACACUGAAGGACAUCCGAGUUUUAAACAUCAGUGGAAAUGCUCUGAAGAGUUUGUCCACACUGAGCCAACUGGUAGCAAAGCUCUACAAACUGACCCACCUGGACAUCAGCAGGACCAACUACAACUCCAUGCCUCCAAGCUGCUCCUGGCCCUCCACCUUGCGAUACCUCAACAUCUCCGGGGCUAAACUUGACAACAUUACUCUAUGUCUACCUGCAACUCUGGAGGUGUUGGAUCUGAGCAACAAUAAUCUCAAAGACUUCACUGUGGCCCUGCCUGCCUUGAGGGAGCUCCACCUCUCUGGGAAUAAGUUUCUGAGGCUGCCUUCAGGAUACUUGUUCCCCAAUCUGCAAACACUGACCAUACAGUCAAACACCUUAAACGUGUUCAGCCAUUCAGAUCUUCAGUCAUACACACGACUCCAGAAUCUCCAGGCGGGUCAGAACAAGUUUGUCUGCUCCUGUGACUUUGUCGCCUUCCUCCAGUCCGGCAUUAAGGAAGGUGAUGUGCAUUUAACAGAUGACGAGGAGAGCUACGUCUGCGACUCUCCCUUCUACCUGCAGGGGAAAUCAGUGGGUCAAGUCCGCCUCUCGGUUGUUGUGUGCCACCAGGUUUUGUUCGUGUCCGUGAGUUGCGGGGUGGCGCUGUUUGUUGGGGUUCUGGUGAGCGUCUUACUAUGGCGCCUCCAUGCCUUCUGGUACCUCAAGAUGACAUGGGCGUGGCUGAAGGCCAAGCAUAGUUCCCGGCACCGGCGGCGACUCAGAGAUGGGGCAGAUUCAGAAACAUUGCUAUCCUUUGAUGCCUUUGUUUCCUACAGUGAAAGAGACACUGGCUGGGUGGAAACCUACUUGGUACCUGAGCUGGAGGAGCCAACGGAGAUCGAUGGAGACGCUGCGAAUUACAGAACUGCCCGGCCAUUGACCCUGUGUCUCCACAAGCGGGACUUCCUUCCUGGACAGUGGAUUGUGGACAACAUCAUGAGCGCCAUGGAGCGCAGCCGGCGGACUGUCUUCAUCCUCUCUGAAAAUUUUGUCCAGUCUGAUUGGUGUCGCUACGAGCUGGACUUCUCCCACUUCUGGCUUUUCGAUGGGGAAGCCGGCGGAGAGCCGGCCAUCUUGAUCCUGCUGGAGCCGCUGUCCAAGGACGACAUCCCCAAACGCUUCUGCAAACUGCGCAAACUCAUGAGCUCCACCACGUACCUGGAGUGGCCUCAGGAGGAGGAGCGGAGGGGGGAGUUCUGGAGGAGUCUCCGCAAUGCUUUGGGAGGAGAAGGAGACUGGGAUGAAUGA